AUGGCGCUGGGCUGCUGUGUCCCCUGGAGAGCUCACGCCGUGUCCAACCUGGAUGUGGAGAGCAAGCUGACGGCUCACUUCCAGGCACCAUGGCAUCAGCAGCGCAACGUGUUCCACCCCUCCACCCGCCCCGCCUGUGUGGAGGAGCUCCACCAGCAGGCCAAGCUCCACCUCCGCGCGCUCAACCCAGAUCAACAACAGCGUCAGCGAGCCAGCAGCCGGGAGCGGCGGGUGACCGUCUCCAUCACAGUGGCGCCCCCUAUGCCCAGCUACCCUUCACCACGCACCCUCAGACGUCACGAGCAGAGGAGCAGACACCUCCGCACGUCCGAGAGAACCCGCUCCGCCUCCCCCACUGAAUGUUGCCACUUUGGUCCCUGGAGCAGAAAGGCCCCCGCACCCACAGAGCCCGACACGGAGGUGGUGACGCUGGGCCAGAGGCCCAAAUGCCCGGUCCGUAACGUCCCCACCACCCUGGACAAGCAGACUAACUGGUCCAAAGCCCUCCCACUCCCCACUCCGGAGCAGAGGCUGAGAAAUGAGUCCCAAGUCAUCUCCUCCUGCAUAAUCCCCAUUAACGUCACCGGGGUGGGCUUCGACAGAGAGGCCAGUGUCCGCUGCUCCCUCGUUCAUUCACAGUCGGUGCUUCAGCGGCGACGAAAGCUGAGAAGACGGAAAACCAUCUCCGGCAUUCCCAGACGCGUGCAGCAGGACCUAGACUCUGAUGAAUCACCAGUGGCGAGAGAGCGGACUGUAAUCGUGCACACCAACCCCGAUUUCUCCUUGAGCCGCGACGAUCUCUCUCUCAGUGGCCGCCUGGGGAACACCAAGGAUUCGGGCUGCCAGACGGAAGACUUCCCGAUCGCCGCGCCCUCCCGGCGCCGUAUCCGAGCCCAGAGGGGACAGGGCAUCCCCGCCUCCCUGUCCCACUCCACCGGCAACAUCACCUCCCUGCCCGACAGCUCCGACGCCAUGUUCGCGGCGGCCGUGGGCGGGCGCCUGCGCUCCCGAAGCCUGCCCCGCGAGGGCGGCCGGCUGCUGGACCAGGACCACGACGACAGCGACGACGAUGACGACGAAGACGAAGACGACGGGGAGCUGUCCCCCUACGAGGCGGAAGAGUUCCUCCAGGGCCCCGUGGAGCGGGUUCUGAAGGACGAGGAGGAGAGCACGGACGACCAGGCCGCGCCCGAGCGGCAGGGCAAGCAGCGGGGCGGGGGCGGCGCCAGCCCCGACCACGGCUGGAUCGAGAGGGGGAGGUCCCGGCUCCCGCGCAAGGCCGACAUGGGGAGCUGCGAGAUCUCCUCCAGCUCAGACACCUUCAGCAGCCCCAUCCACUCCGUGUCGGCCGCAGGGGUACUGGGCACCCAGAUGGACCACAAAGACGACCACCAGUCCUCCAGCGGCAACUGGAGUGGCAGCAGCUCCACCUGCCCCUCCCAGACGUCGGAGACCAUCCCCCCGGCUGCCUCCCCUCCGCUGACCGGAUCCUCGCAUUGUGACUCUGAGCUGUCACUCAACACUGCUGCGAACGCCAGCGAGGACCCCGUCGGUUUCACCAACGACCCUUACCCGUCGGAGGCUGACCGGCCGCAGGUCCAGGCGCGUGGGGCCGGUUCCUUCGACUCUGCUGCCGCCGACCUGCUGAGCGACACAAGCGUCGGGGCUGGUGAAGCCGCAGGUGUGGGCGAGUGGAACUACCUACACCAUCAGCACAGCAAGUCCUGCUGCCAGGACUUCAGUCCACCGCGACCCAGGAACAGCGAAGAUACCGGCCUGGGCUGCCCCAGUUUUGCGAGCAUGGCCACGUACGAGAGCCUCCCUGACAAGCCACCGUCAGAAAAGGCAGACUCCAGCUCGCACUUCUCCGUAGACACGGAGGGCUACUACACCUCCAUGCACUUUGACUGCGGCCUCAAAGAGAGCAGUAGCUACCUUUAUAACUAUGCAGCCACGGGCAGCACCGAUGGCCACAGCCAGUGCAGCACAGUAAGUGCUGCGGCCAGCAUGAGCAGAUACCGUCAGCCAGAUCACAGCAGCGACCACCACAGGGCACUGGGAAGGCACUGCCUUUCCUUGAAAAAACCAAAGGUGAAGCCAGCCCCACCAAAACGCAGUUCGUCGUUGAGGAAAUUGAGCAGUUGCGCAAGCGUUCCCGACAAGAACGAACCAAAGAUGAAUAGCGGGCAGCACCUGCCAUUGUCUUCCAGGGAGAUGAAGCUACAGCUAGACCUGGCCGGACCCCCGGGUCAGAGUCAGUCGGAGAAUCCGAGUUCAGUUGAGGAGCCGGUGCAGGCCUGGGGUGCGGAGGCUGCAGACAACAUCACCGACCCGACCCUAUUCAGUUCCACAGAUACGCAUUCCUUUAAGGAUGAGGGCGCUGUACAGUCUGACUAUGCAGAUCUCUGGCUCCUCAAUGACUUGAAAUCAACCAACGAUCCCUACCGGUCAUUGUCCAACUCCAGCACUGCUACGGGCACAACAGUCAUCGAAUGUAUGAAGUCGCAGGAGAGCUCAGAAUCGCAGAACUCCCAGUCUGGCUCCAGACCCACCACACCUUCCCUUCCCUCUGUGGAGAGUGAGUUCCAGCUGGCCUCUCCGGAGAAGCUAGCAGGCUUGGCGUCGCCCUCCAGUGGCUACUCCAGCCAGUCAGAGACGCCAACCUCUUCCUUCCCCUCAGCCUUCUUCCCUGGGCCUUGGUCCCCGACCAGUGGCAAGCGGAAGCCUAAAGUCCCAGAGAGAAAGUCCUCUCUCUCAUCCCUACAGCAGCAGCAGUUCUCCUCCAGGGACGGAGGCACCUCAUCCAAGAGAGACCUUGAGCUACCCAUUAUACCUCCGACCCAUCUCGACCUAAGUGCUCUUCACGUCCUCAACAAGCCUUUGGCCCACAGAAGCCAGAUGCACGUCCUUCACCAGAAUAAGCAGAAAACGGCGGCAGUAGCUGCAGCAGCAGGGGCCCGUAUGGCAGCUGCUUCUGCCAAAACGGAAGCAGCUGCAGGAGCAGGGGCCCGUAUGGCAGCUGCUUCUGCCAAAACGGAAGCUUCCGGCCCGUUUCCCGUGGCCAUCACGCCCACUGUACUUCGCUCGGUCCAGCUGCGGUCUGUCGGCAGGCCUGGUGAAGCGGGCCAGAACCAGCCCGGUGCCACCGAUCCCGCCACCAGGCCCAAGUGUCCACCUGUGGCCGUCAUCACCGGCACCCCAGCGAGAGGAAACAGGUCACCAGAGUCCAAGAAACCUGUGGUCCACCAGUCCCAGGAUCCUACGAAUCAGGAGCACUGUGAAACACUAUUCACCCAAAGUGAUGGACCAACCACCAAGGAUGUUUCAUAUCGAGAGAGUGCACGGCAGAGGCUGGACCGACAUGGCCCUGCUCCAUUUUGGGCCAUGACAGCAUUCCGUAUCCCCUCAAAUGCAACAAGUAUGGAGGAAGACCUCGUGCCAAGACCGCCUCCCUACCCAGAGGGCCAAGCCCCUGGGAAGGACCCCCAGGCAAGCCAGGACUGUGGGGCUUUGUCCGAAAGUGCAGCAUGUCCCAGAGUGGAGGAGGACCAGAGACCAAGCACUUUCAGGGCCCUGUUUUCAUGCAACAGCCUGGAGGAGGAGCCAGAUCAACUGCCUGACCCAGAGGUUGAUGCCUCCGCAUUGUGUCUGGCGAAAAUACAUUCCCCCCCUGCUCAGAGCGAUGACACAAAGAAAUCUGACUUUGGACCGAGCGACAGUCCUGACGAAGUGCCUGUAAUAACCUGUCAGUCAGAAGCAUCGCAAGCUUACACAAUCAGCGAUGCGGGUGGCAGAGUGGAGGAAUAUGACACAUCAGGUGUUCCUACCAGAAGUGCCUCACAGGACAACGUGGAUGACGGAUCGACACCAGACACCGAGGACUACUUCAGCAAAGAGUCGACACCCAGUGACAGCGUAAUCUCUCCUUUGACUGAUGAGACGAGACCUGAGGACGAUAGCGUUUUUCUGUCACCUACUAAACUGCGCACAACCGAGGACCUGUUUGCCAUGAUUCACAGAUCCAAAAGGAAAGUCCUGGGAAGAAAGGACUCGGGGGAUGUAAACGCCAAGAACCGUCCGAGUGCCGCUUCAGCCAGUGCCACCGCUCCAAUCACCACAGCGACCUCGCCAAAUGCCCCCUCGACCCCAAGCACCCCAAGCACCCCAAGCACCCCGAGCACCCCGAGCACCCCGAGCACCCCGAGCACCCCGACGACCGGCUCCCAGAGAACGCCGGGCCCCAUCUACAGGAGCGCCAAGAAGUCCAGCACCUCCAACGAGGAGUUCAAGCUGCUGCUGCUGAAGAAGGGCAGCCGCACCGAUUCCAGCUACCGCAUGUCGGCCACGGAGAUCCUGAAGAGCCCCGUCACGCCCAAGCACCCGGGCGACCUGGCCGUGGGCGACAGCCCCCGGGAGCCCGAGGAGCUGCCCUUCCCACUGCAGCAGUCCCCUUCGGGCGCCGAGCACUCCCCCGGCCCCUUCCCCCGGGCCAACGUCGAGGGCUUCUCCCCGAAGCUGUACCAGGCGUCCGCCGCCUCCAGGCAGGGCCGUUCGCGCGUCCCGCCGGCGGCUAGCAGCAGCCGCUACAGCGCCCGCAGCCGGCUCUACACCGCGCCCAUGCAGGCCAUCUCCGAGGGCGAGACGGAGAACUCCGACGGCAGCCCGCACGACGACCGGUCCUCGCAGGGCUCCGCCUCCUAGACGGACACCCGGCCAGGGUCAUCUUCAGCUUUCCUACUUCUCCUGGAGAAAAGAAAAAAACAAAUAUUUUUUCAACUAAAAAAAACGAACAAAAAAACGCAAAAUAGAAAAACCCUAUGGGUCAGAUGGAUAUGGUCAAUGGACCUAUUUUUUGAAUAUGCGUUUGACCAGACCUGGGAAAGAAGAAGAAGAAGAAGAAGAAGAAGAAGAAAAAAAAAGAAUAAAGAAGCAAAGAAGCACAUCUUAUGAUGAAUUUGUAAACUUUUUCUGUAACUUUAAUUGAUAGGCGGACACACUGAAUGGAGAGGGGAGGUGGGCGAGAGAGAGUAUGUCUCGCUGUAUUAGUCAUUGGAACCACCAUUUCCCAUUUACCAUUCAUCACUGUCUUCUUUACAACGUCCUGUUAGGGAAACGUUACAUCGCUGUCUUAUGUCUUCAUCACGAAAAGAGCCAGUUUAAAACACUUGUAGUCAUACGAUGCGGGGAGUCAUAUCUAGAUCAAAUGUUUGCAAUAUGUAAAUUCAGUUGUUUAAGCUACAUAAUUUAGAUUGUUACUGCGAUCAUCACAGGGGUCCACAUUGUAUCAAGGAAACCUUGAUAUGUAGCCUAGAUAUACGCAUUUAAAUUGUGCAUUGUUUAUAUGUACAUAUAUAUUAGGGAUGGGCAUUUCUAGUUGUGGUUGAGCACUUAAAAAAAGUGUAUCCAUCUAUAAUAAUAAUAAUAAUAAUAUACUAUUAUUAUUUCCUGGUGUCAGCUUUGCAUUGUACAUAAUGCACGCAACUUCCAUUCCUGCUGAUUCCCAAAUAUUUCCAUACUUUAUUUAACAUUUCCAUUGAUGCAAGGGAGACCAUAUAAGGGCAGUUCAGUGGACUGCUGUUUUCUAUGGUUUGACACCUAAAAUUGUAAUUGGUUUAUUUUAAAUGGAUACAUCAACCACAAUUUAAUGGCCAUAUUUCAAGCAAUCACAUUUAUUCACACUUUUGCUUCUUAGUGUUCAACUUUGUGCCCAUCCCUAAUGUAUAUUUUACAUAAUGUAUAACAUUUACUGCACUGUAGUAGUGUAAAUGCUACUGUAAAACUGCAGGGGUUUAGGGAGUGACACAAGAAGGGAAACAUAUUUGUGGAAUCUUAAACACUAACCUGUCUAGCAGGCACACAACGGACAAUCUUUAACAGUGGCCUUUCCAUCAAAGAGGUCUUAGCGUACAGGGGAUUUGAUAUUCUAUACAGGUACUUUUUGAAUAUCAUCACUAAUGACUAAUAACUGAUGUUCCUCCAUUACAAGGGGCCUUUACCACAUUAACUGGCUAGAUGUUUUAAAUGGUGUUUUCUGUUUUGAAACAUAUAGAUCCUUUGCACUUGAUCUUAAUUGUUCAAGAGUAUCCCUUGAUGAAAUCUUGAUAUGAUAAAUGCCAUUAACUGUGUAUACAUAUAAUGAAUAUAACACUAUAAAGUCAUUUAUGACAGGAUCUAUCACACAUUAAUAAUGACACACAAGCUUUCUAGGUAGUCAAACUAGAUACAUUUGCCUAAGACAAGCGAAGAUGAAGCCUGGUAUUUACUGUUUACAGGCUGCAACUUUUAUGUUCGUAGCAUUUAAAACACAAACUUGCAAGCCAUGCUACCUUUAGGCUAUAGAGAAAACAAACCGUCAAAAGCAAAAAAAAGAAAUACAUUUUUUUUUAAAGGUUCAGUUUUGCUCCAUGUUAGCAUGACUGAAAUGAGAGCCAGCAGCCUAUGCUUAGGGGAGCCUAUACUAUUUUCAUAAGAACUACAUUAGAAUUGGCUGAAGCCAACACUGCUGAUUAAUGUUACUUGACUAAAUGUAACAUCAGUUCUUGGGGGCUGGUUGUAGAACAAUUAAAAAUGAUCAGAUGUAUUCUGUGAAUACCUGCAAUCACGUAUUGCUGUUGGUUAACUAGUGGUCUCACACUUUCAGGUUAAUCCAAUCCUGAACACAGAUGAACGAAAAAUAGUAAAAACUCAGAGAACUGUCACUGUGCAAGCUAUGUGGGGGCAAAAUGCUGUGAACCACUAGAUUUUAUAUUCGUCGUCGUACACGUAGCUGAACAAAAAUCUGCAUUCAGUAGAGAUGAAGCGUCUCCAUUUUCCAUUUUAUGUUUACAAGACUUUUCAAUUGAAAGCAUGCAAUAAAAAAACUAUGGAAUACUGAAAAGAAAACGCAGAUGUUAAGAGAUACUAUAAGAAAGGAUAUCACGUUUCACUUGAAUCUGUAUUAUUGGUAUGUUCACUAGCUGAAAAAAAAUAAUAAUAAUAAUAAUAAUAUAGAGUGGGGAUUAUCCAUUUAGUGAAAUAAAGUGACAAUCUUUUGUGGGAUAAUUUUUCUUUUUGGAAUGUGAGGGAAGUGGACUGUGGCUAGUCCUACAGAAUGGAUGGAGAGAGGUUUGAGCGAUGGCGACAGUGAAGUCAGUGGUGGUCGUGGUGGUUUCAUAGAGGGAUAGGCUAGAAGAGGGGGAGAGAAGAGAGAGACGUAAAGAUGAUAUUUUGUAGUUAGUGUUGACUUUGGUGUGAAAUAAGAAAUGUGCAGAGUGGGAAAGUGGAAAGUGCAACAGAGGAAAUUAAGAUACGUAUUUGGAGAGGCACUGAACUCCUUGCCCUUUCCUGAGACCCGCCAGCAGUGGCUGUUUGAAGUACUGUUAUUCCCAUGUAGAAUCUUCUAGAUGAGUCAAUCGACAGUAUUUCAUUGUGACUUCUUAUUGGGACAAGUGGUGUGGUGUUCUGCGGGAAUGGGACUUAGGGCUGAUUGUUCGAGUUGCCGUGUUCGUCUUGGCUGUAGUUUGUCAUUUCUUUUUCUAUGUAGUAUAGCUGUCAUUUUAGAGUCUAAUCACAGUAAAGUAGAGUUAGAUAGAGAUUUUAGAGAGGGCGAGGUCAGGGACAAAAUAUAUAUUUUUGUGAUGUCUUCUGCUGUUUAUCACAGCAUCUGCAUUUCCCCCAUUUAAUUUGUUUACGUUUUUUUUCAAUUUGACCCAUAAUGUUAUGACUGGUUUCUCUUCAUCAAUUUAGUUUUAAUUUAGCAGAGCAUACAUUUUAUUUAAAUACUGUUGAAGACAUAACCAGGAGUUCAACAUUUUGAGUAUUUAUGUAGUCUCCUACUAGUAUUUGGCUAAAACCUAUAGGUCUAGUGAAUCUAUUAAAAAUCUUUAUAUGGCAUAUUACAAUUUAAUGAAAAUAAUAAUAAUUGAAGAUAUUUUAAUGACAAAAUAUUUUAUCCAGAGACUUAUUUUCUUUAUGAAGAUUAUCUAGAAAGAAAGACAUUAAAGCUUUAUUUAAAUAGACACUGGUUGAGCAGACUACAUAUCAAAGAGCAUAUAAACCUAAUGGAUGAAAUCAGUUGACUGAUAUGAACUGCUCGGUGAUGACGUGAACUUACUGUCUUGAUAUCCCAGCUACAGUACAUGAAAUACAGCUUUAUUCCCCAUAGAAGUACUCUGAAACGUUGAUAUCUGUAGCUACAUUUCACAUUAGUAAUUCCCCACUCAUAUCAGAUUUGUUGUCUCUUCAAUUCAGAGCACAGCUAGUGUUCUCGAAUAAAUAUCACACGCGGAGGUGCUUUACAGAAACUCACUUUGCUCACUAGUGACAUGAAAUCACAGUAUCAAUGUAGCCAUAUUUCUUCCACGGAUGUUAUAUAAAAUAACUGAAAAGUAGUAUGCUAACUGACUAUGUUCAGGCCUUACAUGAAUUAUCAACACUAAGACAAGGGACAUGACCGCUUCCCUUUUGCUAGUACACAUUUUAGGGGGCAUGUCAGUCCUCCUUUACAGUUUGAUGUUAACUUUGAAUAAUAGAUUUUAAGCAUGCAUAACAGUUCUCAUCACUUAACGUUUUCAUUUCAGUGACCACCAAGCCAAAACAUUGUGUGAGGAUCCUAAAUUAUUCAUAUUAAACCAUGAACUGCACUGAGGCUAGGCCAGCCCUGAGCUUAGUUUAUUAUCGUAACACCGCUUUGUAAUCUAAAGAUCUACUUGUCUGGGGUUAGCAUCAAGAAUGCAAGAUUUUCAUUUUAUGACUGUUUCAACUGCCACCUUUUAACAGGGUACACAAUGGGAGAUGAUUCUGUGAACUAUCACUACAAUGUUUUAAAUAUAUAAUACACAUUUGCACUGAUAUAGUGAAGUUUGUGAGAUUUCUGCAUUUUUUUUUUCUUUUUCUUGCUGUACCUGUUAUUUAUAUUAUGUGGGAUUAUUUUUAAGACUGUUUGAGUUUCCAUUUAAGAAGUCAACGUGGUUCUUAAAUAAAGCGGGUUUAAGCCGGAGGGUAGGAGAGGACACAAAUUUGCCAAAAAAUGUCAGAUAUGUAACUUAUAGGUGUAAGCAGCAUUAAAAGGUUUUCGUUACAUGUGAAAGAAAAACAAUAACAAACAUAUAAAUAAACACACAAACAAAAAAGAAGGUUACAGUGUAACUGUUUCGGUACAAGAUGCAUUCAUUCAGGCUGAAAGCUACAAGUAAAUGGACUUGCAUUGGUUUUGUAUUUUUGUACAAAUUUGUAAAUAGGUUCUUUUUAAAUUGUUGCAAAGAUGUUUCUUUUGUAAAAAAAAAAAAAAAAAAAAAAAAAAAAUGUUUUCAAAGUUUACAUUAAUUCCUAGCCUUUGUAUAUUUUUGAGCUGUGCAACACUUUGUCUUGUAUUUAUUUUUUAGUAAACAUUGUGAAAAUUCCAUGGUAAAUUUUCUUGGAACCAUCUGCCAGCACAUCUGGCUGCUUAGUACUUGUGCAUAGAAAAGGCCAAUAAACGUGACUGCAUUGAAAAACA